AUGCCUAAGAAGCUUAACUUUCCUAAACCCUCUUCGGUACAUAAUAAAAAAUUUCAUGCUACCAGAUUUACCAACUUCCAUACUCUUUUAUGCAAGGACCAUAAAUGUUCUUACCAUACACUUGAACACUAUUAUGAGACCUAUUCAAAAUCUGAAUCAGAAGAGAAACCUUUAUGGGUCGAACCAAAAAUUGAUGCUUCUAUCUUCCAUAUCAGUGCUAGAUAUAAAGCCUCUUUUAAAAAACUAAUCUCUACUACUACUUUGGACCAACUUGCUACUAAAGCUGAAGAAAAAACUUGCGCUGACAAUCAAGUAUCAUUUAACAAGAAACAAAGAA